AUGUUUAUACCGAUGUGGCCUGUGUCAGCCAGGACGCCAAAUAUGUUACGAAUAAUGGUCCGCGAUAUGUCCCAGCAUCGUUUCAACCUUCCACAAGUAAGCUUUGGUUUGGAGUAUUUAUUAAACCCUGCCAAUACGGCAAACAUUGAGGCCAACAUACGGCACAGGAAGGGAAUCGGUGAUAUACGGCUUGUACAAAACAUUCACCAACAGCUAACUGCGGGAACAGCACUGCCGGAAAGUGAACGCGCCAAACUAGCUACACAACUGGAAGUAGAAAUGGGUAAAAUACCCAACCGUACCCAUCCACAAGUGGUCGAGUAUGGCAGUGAACCUCGCGUGCUGAAGCGAUUCAACGAACAGCACAAGCGUACCGAUCGGAAAUACUUUCAAUUUAGCGAUAUCUGCAAGAAAAUGAACUUGUACCGGAUGGAGAACUUGGGCAACUGUACCGGUCAUCGUUCGUACUAUCUGACGGAUGAGCUAGCUGAACUUGAGCACGCCCUCAUUAAUUACGCGGUGGAGCGUUUGCGCCGGCGUAACUUCCAGCUUAUUGCCGUACCGGAUUUGCUUCCGGGAUGCAUUAUUGAAAGCUGUGGCAUGUGCAUCGAUGGUGAGCGAAAUCAGGUGUACAAGCUGAACGAUGGGAGCACACACGAAUCGCUGUGUCUGUCAGGUACGUCCGAGUUGGCCUUGGCUGGCUACUUUGCGGGGCGUGUUAUACCAGCGGCAAAGCUGCCAUACAAGAUGAUGGCUGUAAGCAGAUGCUAUCGGGCAGAAACAUCGGCACUGCAAGAAGAGAAAGGCAUCUAUCGCGUGCAUCAAUUUACCAAGGUGGAAAUGUUUGCCGUGUGCAAGCCGAAUCAUUCAGCCACCGUGCUCGAGGAGUUUCGCGACAUCGAAGUGAGCCUUUUCGAUGAACUUGGGCUGCAUUUUCUGCUGCUCGAUAUGCCACCGUGUGAGUUGGGUGCACCGGCCUAUCGAAAGUACGACAUUGAGGCAUGGAUGCCGGGACGGGGCAUUUACGGUGAAAUAUCGAGCUGUAGCGACUGCACGGACUAUCAGACUCGCCGGCUCGGCAUACGUGUCGCGUACGAUGCCGCUGCUGUACGAAUGGAUGCCACGUUCGCUCAUACAGUAAACGGCACCGCGUGUGCUAUCCCGCGGAUGUUGAUCGCGCUGUUGGAAAACUUUCAAAACGAGGACUACACCAUAACCGUUCCGGAAGCGUUGCGAACGUAUAUGAACGGAAAGCAAUUUAUUCGCCGGCGAAAGGUAUUGCCGGAACUGAAGCUAGCGAAACGACUGGUGCAAGAGGAAACGGUAUAA